AUGGGUGACAAGAAGUACCGAUAUGAGGAACUGCCCAUUCCAACCUACGAAGAAGCCACCGCAUCACAGUCCGGAUCCUCACACUUAGGCCCUGAACACUCAAGUGAUGAUUUGGAAAGGCAGGGCCUUCUCCAACAUGAAGACACCAACGAUAACUUUAAUACCGGUCGGCCACAUGCAACAACCCGCAAUGGAGGUUAUCAACCUCCGACCGUGGAAUCAGCUCGCUCGAGUAUCGACUACCUUGCCUCCUCAGCCUCAGGUUCCGCUCGCCAGUCAGAGGAGGAAUUACGACGGGAGAUACACCAAAUGGACGUAGAUGAUUCCGGCACGUCGUCUCAAACUCGUCGCCCACUGCUGAGUCGUCGAUUUUCUAAACACUUCUCCAAUCCAUUCUCCAGCUUAACCAAAACGCUAUCGUCUUUACAAUUGCCUUUUCGAAAUAGCUUUCCCCGCUUCCAAAUGCGCUGGCGGUUCUGGCGCUUACAAAUUAACGAAGAUGGAGUCGCUUGCAUGCUCUUUCUCCGCCUGUUCGGUCUUCUCAUCCUCGUCUUCCUUGUCUACCUCGUAUUCGUCUCCGACGUCUUCUCCGUCGGUAGCCGGUUUAGCAUGGGUCAAUCUUAUACAGCAGCUUCUGUCGAAAGCUUCGUUCAAAGUCAUAUUAAUGAAACCAACAUUGCCAACAAUCUUCAAAAAGCGACGCAAUUUGCGCAUAUAGCAGGAACGGAGGGUAGUUAUGUGCUUGCGGAAUGGAUUGAGCAGGAGUUUAUAAAUGCAGGACUGGAAGAUGUUGAAAUGGAAGAGUUCCAGGUAUAUCUGAACUAUCCACGAACCGACGGUCGCCGUGUUGCAAUUGUCGACCCACCAGAACUGGCCUGGGAAGCUGCAAUCGACGAGCCUCAAGUAUAUAGUGAUCCCAGGCGACAACAGACUCUCGUCUUUCACGGCCAUUCCAAAUCGGGGAACGUCACGGGCCCCUUGGUAUACGCUAAUUACGGAUCUCAGGAGGAUUUCAAACGACUUGCAGACAGUGGUAUUUCUGUAAAAGGUGCCAUUGUCCUGGUUCGAUAUUACGGCACUCAGAACGAUCGUGCGCUAAAGAUCAAGGCAGCCGAGCUUGCAGGCGCGGCUGGGUGUAUUAUAUAUUCUGACCCGGCGGAGGACGGUUUUAUCAGAGGCCCAGCUUACCCUGAUGGUCGCUAUAUGCCAAGUGCUGGUGUACAGCGUGGAGGAGUGAGUCUGAUGUCAUGGGUUGUAGGAGACGUGCUGUCUCCGGGCUUCGCUUCGACUCCAAAUGAAAAGAAAAGAUUGUCGCCAGAAAAGAGUCCGGGCUUAGUACAGAUACCAAGUAUCCCCCUCGCUUGGCGUGACGCACAACGCUUAUUACAAGUUCUCAGGGGCCAUGGGUCGAAAGUACCAGUUGACUGGGUGGGUGGGGUACCUGACAUUGCUGAGUGGUGGACUGGUGAUUCGUCUUCCCCGAAGGUUAACUUGAUGAAUUUGCAAGAUGAGAUCGAACGACAACCGAUUUACAAUGUUUUGGGACGUAUUACAGGGUUAGAGCAGCCAGAAAAGAAGAUUAUCGUUGGCAACCAUCGGGAUUCUUGGUGCUUUGGUGGGGUCGAUCCAGGCAGUGGAACCGCAACUUUUCUGGAGAUUGUGCGCAUAUUCGGGGAGAUGAGGAGUGUUGGAUGGCGCCCUCUCCGUACCAUUGAGUUUGCGAGCUGGGAUGGCGAAGAGUAUAAUCUAAUUGGCUCUACGGAACAUGUUGAAAAUGAGAUGGAAAGACUGCGAAGUAAUGGAUUUGCAUACCUUAAUGUCGACGUCGGCGUUAGUGGCAGUUCUUUUGAAGCUGCCGGCUCACCCCUUUUCCAGCGACUACUCAACACGGCUAUGGGCCGAGUCGGCGACGAAUCCGCUAAUAAAACACUGAAACAGAUUUGGGAUGAACAAGGGAAACGGUUAGAGGGACUAGGUGCCGGUAGUGAUUAUGUUGCGUUCCAAGAUAUGGCAGGAACAUCUAGUCUUGAUUUUGGAUUUGGCGGCGAGCCUUUCCCGUAUCAUAGCUGUUACGAAAACUUCGAGUGGAUGUCUAAGUUUGGAGAUCCCGAUUUUCGAUAUCAUAGACUGUUGGGUGAACUUUGGGGUUUACUGCUUUUGGAACUUGCAGACAGUCCCAUCCUCCCUUUUGAUUUGGAAGCAUACGCCGCCCAGUUCAGGGGCUAUGUUGACAAUCUUCAACUUUACGCGAAAAACAAAGGUGUCCCGUUGAAGCCUACGUCAGAUGCUCCCCAGGAGAGAUCUGAGAUGGUCGACGUCACACCCUUAUACGAUGCGGCAGAAGUCUUCAGAACAAACGCUGUUAAUUUCCAAGCAUGGGAGCAAGUCUGGUAUAGCGCCGUGUAUGGUUCGGGCGGUUUUGAGAGCAACCUUAUGGGAGUUCGGCGUAUUGAACACAACAAUCGUCUAGCUAGAUUUGAAACGGAUCUACUAGACUUAUCCCAAGAUGGCGGUGUUCCUAACCGAACCCAAUUCAAGCACGUCCUUUUCGCACCCCAGGCCUGGUCCGGCUACGACGAGUCCUUCUUCCCAGCUAUCCGCGAUGCCAUUGACAUCGGAGACUGGAACGCAACCCAAUCCUGGAUCAAUCGUGUUGCCGAAAUUGUAACCCAAGCGAGUCUAAACCUGAACAUAUAAUCUAUUGAACUUUUCUAUCUGCUCUCGCUUCUCUCCUUUCUUUUUAACCAUUCAUUGUAUAUGAUUGUCAUUUUUUUUUUCUGGUAUUGCUUCGAAUCUGAUUCCCGGGACUAACAAUCGCAACAUCCCCCGUUUUUGCUCUCUUUGCCCCUCUACUUAGUAUAAGUAUGUACACAUUGCAUUGCAUUGCACCCACGAAGCUGCUUUGAGCUCAUUUUUCAUACUCUCAAUCUGUUUAGACACCGGACACCAAAAUCCGGGAGAAUGUUGUCUAUUAUGUUUUGUGGCAUUCUCUUUUUUUUAUCCUCGAUUGUUGUUGAUCAUGCGACCACUGCCUGUACCUUUGUUCUGAUUUUUUUUGUUCUCAAUUGUCGAUCUAGUAGUGACAUUUUUUUGCAUUUAUACUUAGCAUGAUGUAGUCAUACAUGGAGUGAUAUCCUUUCAGGUUUGAGGAGUAUUAUCAUCCAGGCACACUUCUACGAAUAUUACAUGU